AUGAUAUCCCCGAGGCAACUUGAAUACUUGAUGACCGAGUGGGUAACGGCGUCCUUGGAAGCAAUAAUUGCGCACCGGCUUUUCCCCUUGAUCGGCUCGCCUUCUGGAAAGCGCGUGAACGUGCUUUGCCCGACGCACGCGUGGGAGGAGUUGGAGCUGGCCCUUACAAGCGGUCCGGGCGCGUCGGCGUGGGAAGCCACUGGCGUAGAAGCAGUCGGGAGCGCUGCGGGGCAGUACAGCCGGAGCUGCGGGAGGCCGCUGCGGAGCGCGUGUCAGUUUUCCGCGGAGUUCUCCCCCGAGUCGGCUCAGCACUUCCGCGUGGAGGUGCCGCAGCUCGAAAGCCUGCGGACGGCGCUUCUGUGCGACCCCAAGUUCAGCCUGCAGCGCUGCUGGCAAAUCCGAGUGGCAGUAGGCCUGCGGCUGCCGGGGGCGCGCGGGGCCUCGCGGGCGAACUCGGAGAGCGGCUCCGAAGACGCGGACGCGGGCGAGCGGGCCCCCGCCCUGCGGCUCAAGCGGGGCGAGGGCAGCGGCGCGGGGCGCCCCGGCGGGCUUUCCCGCGGAGGGCUCUCGGAGGCAGCUUCGCCGCGCGCAGCAGCGCCUCCCCUGGCGCAGCCCCGCAGCAGCAGCAGCAGCAGCAGCAGCAGGAGCGGGGGGCGGGGCGGAGCGGAGAGGGGGGGCGACGCGCGGGGCGACGGGCUGCUGUCGGAGAGCGAGUUCAACAACUUGGACGAAGAGCUGCUCGCAGCAGAAGGCGCGGAAGAGUUGUUGGAAGAAGAAAUGAAUUCUGAAGACCGGCUGCUGCGCGAAGACGCGGAGUUCAGCAGCUUGUGGCUCGACAGCAGCAGCAGCAGCAGCAGCUGUCUGUACGCAGCCGCGCGCACGCAGCCCCCGCGGCUCUGCGCGUCGGCCUCGUCUGCUGCUGCUGCUGCUGCUGCGCGCUGCAGCUCGACUCGCAAGCCUCCGCCGAGUCCGCAGGAGCUGCAGCAAAUUCAAGAAAGCCUCCGCGGCUUCCUGGCUUCUCCCGCUGCAGCAGCCAUCUUGAAGCCCCUGGAGGAGUUGGCUGCGGCGCUGCAGUCGCUGGAGGCUGCUGCGCGGGUUGGCCUUUUUGGAUUUGCAGAAGAAGAGGGUGGCGCUCCAAAUGCCCCUCUUUUGGAGGCAAAAGACUCCAAAAGAGGGGCAUUUCGAGCGCCAAAUGCGCCUCUUUUGGAGGCACAAGACAGCUUCCCAGGCCCCCAAAAGGCUCCUUCCUGCCGCGGACUGCCGCCCCUCAUUUGCUGCGCUGCUGCAGCUGCGGCCGCGGAGAAACUCGAGCAGCGGGCGCUGCGGGAACUCGCGCUUUCCGAGCUCGACCUGGAGAUCUUUUGCUUCGGCAGCAGCAAACUGGAGGCGCAAAAAGACGAAAACUUAGAAAAAAAAGACAAAAGGGGAGGCGGAAUAAGAAAGCCUUCUUCGAAUCUGGAAAAGAUGCAACCCGCCAACUCGAUCCGGCCCGUGGCUCCUUAUUGCCUGCUUCCUGCGGAAUCUCUGAAGCCCAGCGCUACUGCUGCGGAGGACUUGUCUUCUUCUUUUUUCGACGAAACUCUUUGUGGCAUUUCUGCGGAGAAGCUAGAGCUGCUGCUGCAGGAAGAAAGUGAAUGCAGUUCCAUUCACGGCGAGUUUGUGCAGAAGCAGCAAGGCGCAGCUGCUGCAGCAAGUGAAGCAGCUGCUGCUGCUGACGCUACUGCAGCAGAAGCGCACAGAGGCCGGAACGCAACGCUGCAGCAAACAGCAGCAGCAGCAGCAGAAGAAGAAGAAGAACAGGCGAAUGGCAGCGAAGCGCUGGGGAGCUUGUGCGGCUCUGUGGAGGAUUUGGCGAAGGCACUGAAGGCCUUUGAAAAAACGAUUUCAAGUCCGCGGGAUUCAUGGGCCUCUGCUAGCCGAGAGGCCAAAACGCCGAGGAAGCCAAACGCGAAAAGCCUUUAUCCACUGCAUCAGCAGCAGCAGCAGCUGCAGCUGCAGCAGCAGCAUCAGCGGCUGCAGCAGCAGCAGCAGCAGCAGCGGCUGCAGCAGCAGCAGCAGCGGCUGCAGCAGCAGCAGCAGCAGCAGCGGCUGCAGCAGCAGCAGCAGCAAGAGUAG